AGGAGGUGGUGGUGAACUCACUAACCGUUGCCCUUUUUUAGGUGCCUUUCUGACUCAGACCAGGAAUCCAUUGUUGGCCUUGUGUUCUCUAACAUCUUCUUUGUGAAACCUCGUUUUGUUUUUUUGUUUUUUUCAGUCUGUACCAAGUCACUUCUGGUGUUUUACUGACGUCUGUGGUUUAAUUUCUGUGUCUCUGUCCCAUUAAGAAGCCGAGACGUCGUUUCAGACUGUUGAGUGUUGUGACUGUUCAGAGGGCAACAGCUCUUGGCUUUGUCCCAAAAUAAUCUGACAAAAAAAAAAAAAAACUGCAUGAAAGUCCAGAGACACCACCGCGCUGAUUUGUUUGUGCAACAGUUGUGGAAGAGAAUUUGACUUUAAGGCAGGUGUUGAAGAGAAACUAAGUGGCUGAGGGUUCCUGUAGCGUUUCUGCCUCAGUUCAUCUCCUCGGCUCAGCUUGAGACUCUAACCAAGAGAGGGGCACGAAAUAGUUUUCCAACUCUUCUCUUUUUUUUUUUUUUUUUUUUUUUUCCUUUCCUUUUUUUUACCCUCCCUCCCUCGCUCUCCCCAAACAACCCCUUCGAGUUUCUUUGCCCCGGUCCCUUUAUACCAAUAACCUCUCUAACACAACUAAAAAUUCAUUUUGUCUGACCUAAAUCAGAGGGUGUCUGCGCCAUGGGCUUAUUACACAGUGCGCUUAAACUUGUGUUGUGGAGGAGGAUGGGGUAUUAUUAUCUUCCAGCUACCCACCCUGCUAUAAAAACUAGUGGUGCGACAUCUCCACAGCGCAGUGCUGCUGCCCUCCCUCCCUUCCUCUUACUCCCUCGCUCGUCCUACAUGAGCCACACACAACAGUGAGGCUGACUCUAAACUCCACAGCAGCCGCGCCGCCUGAUUCACAGAGAGAGAGAGAGACCCAAGAAUCACACGCUGCUCUGCUGCUCUUACGUCUGCUCUUCUGGAUAUUCCUCACUGGGCUUCUCUCUUUUAUUGUUCUUGUGAAUGGGCAACAGUGAGGAGCAUGUGAAUGGCUGGAGUGCCCAGCUGACUGACUGACUGACUGACAGACAGACAGACAGACAGACAGGAGACCAGAGAGAGAGAGAGAGACACUUGUAAGUCAAUUAAAGAGGGCAAUGCCGAGAGGUCAAGCGAGGAGCCACGGAGACUCCCAGUAGUCUGGGAAUUAAAGGACGCCCGAGGAGAGAAGAAGAAGAAGAAGAAGAAGAAGAAGAAGAAGAAAGUGAAGAUACAAGACACGAGGAGAGAGGAGGAUGGUUCACCACAGAGAAGACGACCUGAUCGGGAUUCCCUUCCCCAAUCACAGCAGCGACGUCCUGUGCAGCCUGAACGAGCAGCGGCGUGACGGCCUGCUCUGUGACGUGAUCCUCAUAGUCCGGGACCAGGAGUACCGUACCCACCGCUCUGUGCUGGCCGCCUGCAGCCAGUACUUCAAGAAGCUCUUCACAGUGGCCACCGGUGAUGGAGAUCACCACCAAACCGCCGCCAUUUACGAGAUUGACUUUGUGGCGCCCGAGUCUCUGACGGCCAUUUUGGAGUUUGCCUACACGUCCACUCUGACCGUGACGGCGUCCAACGUCAAAGAGAUCCUGAACGCCGCUCAGAUGCUGGAGAUCCCGUGCAUCAUCAACGUUUGCUUGGAGAUCAUGGACAGUGGCGGCGAAGGUGAAGGAGCAAGGAGGGGGGAGGAGGGGGAAGAGGACGAAGAGGAAGAAGAAGAGGACGCAGAGGAGGACGAGGAGGAGGAAGAAGAGGAAGAAGAUGAGGAGGAGGAAGCCGGGUCGAGGAAAGACGAGCAGGAGGAGGAGGAGGACGACAUCAGCGAGAGGUCACUGCAGUCGUCGGAGAGCAGGGGGGAGCGGACACCGUCAGGGACGGAGGACCUACAUCCUCCCAGCACUUCUUCAUACCAGCAGCAGUUCGACCUCCACAGAGGGUCGCCUCAGUCACAGUCUCACAACAACAUGAGAGGAAAACAGGAAAGCGCGGAGAGUCGAGCUCUGAAGGACUUCUCCAUCGAGUCUCUGCUCCAGGAAGGCCUUUAUCCCCGUACGUCACCGUUGGACCGACGGGCGAACUUCUCCUCUCUUCUCCCAGGAUUCUACCCCUCCAUGUGGGCCGCUGAGUUUCCUGCCUUUUCUCAGCAGCUUCUGGACCCUAACAACCAUCAACAUCCACAUGGAGGCGCCGCGCUGCCAACGAGGCUGCCCCACGCCUUCUCCACCUCUGCACCGCUGGAAUCCACCAGACCGCUCAACUUAGCUGUGAAGAGAGAGAUCAUAAAGGAGGAGAUGAAAGAGGAAGUUCCGCCGAGUCUGCUCCACACCGACUUCCUGAAGGAGUUCGUCAGCGCGGGCCUCGGCGGCGCCGUGAACUCUGGCGCAAUGCCGUUAGAGGGUCACACUCUGGGUCAGAUUAAGGAUGAGGCUGACUUCCGCUCGUACCUGAGCUUGCUGAGCUCUGCGUCACACCUGGGGGCGCUGUUUCCCCCCUGGCAGCUGGAGGAGGAGAGGAAGAUGAAGCCUAAGGCGUCGCAGCAGUGUCCGAUCUGCAACAAAGUCAUUCAAGGAGCCGGGAAACUGCCCCGGCACAUGAGGACCCACACCGGAGAGAAACCAUACAUGUGCACUAUCUGUGAAGUACGAUUUACCAGACAAGACAAACUGAAAAUCCACAUGAGGAAACACACAGGGGAGCGUCCCUACAUCUGCCUCCACUGCAAUUCCAAGUUUGUCCACAACUACGACCUGAAGAACCACUUGCGGAUUCACACGGGCGUGCGUCCGUACCAGUGCGAGCACUGCUACAAGAGCUUCACGCGCUCCGACCACCUGCAUCGACACAUCAAGAGGCAGAGCUGCAGAAUCUCACGUCCCCGCCGAGGACGGAAGCCGGCGGCCUGGAGAUCCACGCCCAACAGCAACUUCCUGUGUCCUCCGACCGCAGCCGCCAACAGGUUUGAGGAGAACGGGCUCAGCCCUGCAUACCAGGGAGUCAAGAACCAUGGACUAGGGGAGAUGCUGGGCCUAGGCGUCAGGGGUUUGGGGUUCAAGAGCGUGGAUGGAGUGAGCAGGGAAGAAAGGCGAACAGAGGGGAAGGAAGAGGAGCAAGCAGGAGAAGGGAGGCAGAGGGGAGUGUUUGCCUUCGCUCUGGCAGGAGAUGAAGUUCUUACCCGCUCUCCAUUUUACGCUGCCACCUCUGAGCCCUGGACCAUGAGACUGGAGCGAGCUCCUCCCAUCUCUGAGCCGGCCAAAUGAACACUGAAGGGAGCAGGGGAGAGGAGGAAGAAAAGGUCUCUGAUCUCUGUGUCUGCUCUGCUCCGUGAAGCUAAACGCACCUUUUUUGGGGGGAAAAGUGAACGAGUGAGAACCUUUUUUUUUUCUUUUUUUUUUUUUUGCAGCCUGCUGAUGUGGCGGUGGUUACAUACACACACAAAAACAUAAUUUCACAGAUGUCAGGCUAACUAAUGGUUUCAGCACCGUGAUGUUUCCAGUGACUUUAGCAGCAUUUACCAAGAGGCUGACGGUCUGACACUGCCAGUGUGGGAGACAUAUCAGGAGCAGUCACCGAGAGGUCACUGAGAUUUUUUUUUUUUUUGACCUACAAACUACAUUCUCUACACACUCUCUGAAGGCAACAAGAAGUGAGACUGUUAUUUUGACAAACAAUAAAUGCAAAAAAAUAAAUUUAGAGCCAUGGGAUUGUCAGAAUUGAAGAGAUGCAAGUCAGCAUUCUCAAGUGAAAGUCAGAUUUUUUUUUUUCUGUUUUGUCACAGAAUUGAUGAUCAUUGGACAGAAAAGACCAUUUUCUAAUUUUUUUGUCAAAGUAUUAUUCCUUUUUUUCUUUUUACCGAUUUGAGUUUAAAGUCAUAAUUCAGACGUUUCCCAACAUUUUAAAUGAGAAUGUCUCAGUUAUGACUGUUAUGAGUCCAAAUUUGUUUUUCUGUUAACACAGCUUUAAUCUGAUUUCUCAGAAACCUAAGGCAACUGUGAGACUCUGAGUCUAAUCUCAAUUUUUAUUUUUUUUAUAAAUUUCUCAAAUCCCACAAUUAAAAUUUUUCUUUUUCAUAAGUCCUUGAUUUAACCACCAGGGGUUUUGAUUUUUGGAAGAAAUAUGAUAAUUUUUCAGGAUUUUUUAUCUCAGAAAAAGGUCCGAGCUAUGAUUUACUUAAAAAAAAAAAUCUGUUUUUUGGGAAUACUGACUUCACUCUCAAAAUUCCCACUUUUCUUACGACUCUGAAGUGAAAGCAGAAAUUCUGAUUUCUGCUUCUGAAUUUGAUGAUUGAAUUAGAACAGAAAAUAGAGAUUACAAAGAGGAAAAAACAACAUGCAACAGAAAGAUAUAUUUCACAUGGCAUUAAAUCUCUUCUGUACAUUUUUACAUGAUAAUGACGAUCAUCCUUUUUUUUUUUUUUUUUGGUUAAUUUGUAGAAGAAACUGUUGAAACGGCUGUUGCCUCCCGUCCUGCAUGUUUGAUUCAAACUGGGUUGUGAGAUCAUUUUCUCAAACAUCUUUUCAAACUGAUAAUCUUGGACUUUUGAUUGUGUAUCUCUCUCCGCACACUGCCUUUGUUCCAAUUUAAGCUCUUUGUCUGCACUAUUGUACAUACAGGCAAACUUUUGGCCAUUGUGGUGUUAAUUAUGGUUGCAUUGCUGAUGAUGUCAGAAAAAAUAGUCUCUGAUUCCAUCCAAAGAUGUGUACUUUGAUAUUUGAUAGACUUGAAUUCAACUUUGUUUCAAUGUUUUAUUGUAUAUUUCUGAUUAAUCAAAACUGCGGCUUUAGCUUUACAGUAUGCUUGUGGGUUGUUUUUUUGUUUUUGUUUUUGUUUUGUUUUGUCUGCAACAAUUCAGGAAGGUGUCAGGUCCCUUUUUCAUAUAAUGUUCAUCCCUGAUCUGUGUAUAAAGACGUUCCCAAAAAUUAUUUGAAUUGAAAAAAAAAGUAUUUUCUUGCUAUUUAUGCAUAUUUAAAUGAAUGAGCCUUGGCUAUAUUUUGCAAAAUCGUUUUAUAAAGACACUAAAUGUU